UUAACUUCCGCGUUGUGUUGGACCGUUUACCACGCAGGGUAAAAAGAAACACCAUAAUGGUCAGAGCAAAUAUGAGUUUGACAGCAAUACGGCAGCUCGUGGGAAUGAAGACAAUACAGUGUGCCAGUGUACGCAGGAGUGUGGCAUGUUUGCAUCAUGUUGUGGGUGGAGUUCGGUGGAAGAGCAGCUACAAACAAGCACCUCUAUUGACAGCUGCUCCUGUUCGAGGCCUCAUAGAUGAACAGAUCAGCAUUAAAGGGAGUUUCCUGCGCCCACACUGUCCUGUCACAGUGUGUGCACAAAUGAACUGUGAGGAUGGUGACCCGUGGGAGGCAUUCGCCCACUAUAAUACAAAUGCAGACGGCACCAUCGACUUGGCCAGGGAUCAUUCAGUCGGGGGUUCGUAUUUGGGCUGUGAGCCAAUGGGACUGUUCUGGGGACUGCAGCCGGCCCCUGGUGCAAGAGAAGGCUUGAGGCUGAGGAAAAAAAACGUAGAGACGCCAUUCGUCGUGGUCAUGUCCUUACUGGAGGGCCACGUUUCACCCAGUGAGGGACAGAGCACCGAGCUGGCUGCUGUAGCUACUGAGCGCUGGUACAUGGCGCCAGGCGUCCGGAGAAUAGAGAUUCGGCAGAAUGGAUUGGUAGGGACGUUGUUUUUACCAACCGGCCCAGGCCCCUUUCCUGCCAUGUUGGACCUGUGGGGAAUGGGUGGAGGACUGGUAGAGUACCGCUCCGCCCUGUUUGCAUCCAGAGGCUAUGCUAGCCUGUCCCUUGCCUACAUAGGGCACAAAGAAUUGCCUGGUCCACAGAACCGCUUGAACGUUGACGAUUCAUAUUUCAAUUCUGCAUUCCACCUUCUUCAAAAUCAUGAUCAAGUCUGCGGCGACAGAGUUGGCAUCAUCGGUCUCUCUUUUGGAGUCUUCCUGACACUUCGAAUUGCCACUCAGACUAGUCUCAAACCAUCCUGUUUGAUCUGUAUCAAUGGUCCCAUAGGAAGUACCAUCAGUCCCCGAAAAACAGGUGACACAACUGGACUGUUUGGAAGUGGCGAUAAAUACUGGACGUACGACGAUCAAGGCCACGUCAGUUUCCGAGACAUGUCUUUGCCUGCUAACCUUUCCCCUGAGACCAAAGUGAAGCUGGAGCACCUCUCCUGUCCGUUAAUGUACAUAUUGGGUGAAGAUGACCUGAGCUCUUCAAGCAUAGAGACCGCAGAUGUGAUCGAGGAGACACUGAGGGCUGCAGGCAAAUCCCAGCUGCUCACCCGUUUGUCAUACCCUGGUGCCGGUCACCUGAUUGAACCGCCUUACACACCAAAUGCAAGAGCGUCCCUGUGGACCGUCAAACCAAAGAAACAGAUCACUCUGUGGGGAGGUCACCUCGCACCCCACGCUGCUGCCCAGGAACAUGCCUGGAAGAAGAUCCUGGAUUUUAUGGAAAGUAAUCUGAGACGGUGAAUCGAAAUCUUGAAAUAGAAAAUGUAUCAUUAUUUAUCUGCCAGAGUUUUACAUGCAGGGAACGGAGGACGGUAAAUGUGGUGUUUUUAGAUGAUGGGAUCUUGUAGAACGGGUGUAUAACAAGAACUCCUGAGUUCACUCAUUCACAUGCGUGCAGAUUGUCCACAAGGGGAAGCUGUUUGGUCACCUGCCAACCAACACCUCUAGAGGGGGAAUCGUCUUAGCUGCAGUUUAGACCCAAGGAUGUUGUGUUGCCAGGUGCUCCUGCACAUAUGACAGAUGGCCAUCGCCGCAAUCUUGCCAAAAGGUGGCGCAGUUCAGACUGGAAGUGAUUCAGAAGUGCAGGUCUGAAGCUGCGGCUCUGAAGUUGGAUUGUAUUGGCUGAGUCCUGUUUCACUGUGUCCUUGUUGUAGGAAAUAGAAAUAGAAAAAACUUUCUUAUCUGUCACAAACUAACAAAAAUGUUCUUUUGACAGGGCUCAGUUAUAAAUAAAUGCACAUUUACAACACACUUACGGAGAGAAUGAAAGACUUUUUGUCUAUGUUUUUCCUGGCUAAUGGGACGUUGUAGCGGAGACCUGAUGGGUUUAACUGGAAGGCUUGAGGAGGGGGAGAGAGGGGUCCUGCUUGAUCUUCUGGCUUUCCUGCUUACUUACCCGGUGUACAGUUCAGAUAGGGGAGUUUGAGGUGAACCAAUUAUUUUGUUGGCCUGAUUGAUCAUGCAGGAGUUUUGCUUUGUGUUUAGAUGAAAAAUUAGUGAAAUGCAUGGUUCUUCAUGUAUUUUCAUAAUUUAAACAUUUUAUUUCAUGCAGCAAACUUUAGAAUACAAAACAAAAGAUGUAACAAAGAUCCAGGUUGGUCAGAAUCUUCUCAGACAACUUGUUCAUGUACACAAAUCACUCCAUCCGCCUAAAAAAAUUCAGACCCUCUGUGACACCUCUGUGAUGCUCAUAGUUUUAAUGAGUAAUGCAGACACAUGCUAACUAAUUAUUAUGGUAGUUUGGGGAGAAGAGUUCUUGGCACGCUGAGGUGACCAUGGCGAUGAGGGCGAUGAACUCUUUGAAAUCGAUCUCCAGGUCUCCGUUCUGGUCAAGGUCCGCAAAGAGCUCAUCCAGAGUUUCGUUCUCUUGGAUUUUCUGGUCAGCAGGAAAAGCGAAUGACAGUGAAACAAGUGCAACAACGGACAAUAAAUCAUAAACAUCAUCAUCAAUCAAUCAUCAGCAUAUCCAAGUAUCUAAUGCAUAAUAACGCACAUUUUAACUCUGGCACACGCGAAUGAAUAAAAAUGACACCUGCAUCUUAAAAGCCCUUUCAAUUUAAGCUUUUUUUAAAGUUAUUUUAGGCAUUAUGCUGUAAAGUGCUGCCAUACACAUGCCAAUAUUAAUACUUUAAGUUCCAUAACUUACCAUUAUGAAAUUACUCAUCUCAUUGUCGAUGAGCGCUUUAAGCUCUGCUUUCUUCAGCUUGCACUUGUGACCGGAGUAUUCGUGGAAAACUCGGAUAAUUGUGACCAUGCCACUCUCUAGGUCGGACAUAUUCUCCUCUGAAGCCUGCAUCAAAAAACUAAAAUCAAUUCCAACUUCAUACUCAUAUGAGGGCGUUGUGAUGGUUUUCUGUAUGUUGUUGUACAAUGAAUACAUUGUAACAUGAUGCAUGCACUUAAUUUGUUAUUAUAAUCUAUGAUUUCAAAUGUAUACAAAUAAACUCUUUUUUU